AUGAGAUGCUCCGUGCUUGAAAGUCUGAUCUCAAAGCGCACUGACUACUGGGAGGUCUGCAAUAGAAGUCUCAAAAGUGCAAGCAUCAAAACUGGAAUCUACUGUAAAGGAACUUUUGACACAUUUGUGUGUUGGCCCGAUUCACCUCCUGGAAACGUGUCCGUCCCUUGUCCUCCUUACCUACCCUGGAUCAGUAAGGCUGCCGAAAACUCAAGAAAGGCGCACCGAGAAUGCUUGGAAAACGGAAAGUGGCGGCAGAAGGUAAACUCCUCAGAGCCGUGGAGGGAUGAUUCCGAAUGUCAGGAGCACCAUUAUUUCAAAGACAAGGAAGAGCAAAUGCAUCGACAGACAGCCCUCCGGGUCAUCUCUAUUAUCGGCUAUUCGCUCUCCCUUGCUUCCCUCAUGUUAGCGACGCUCCUUAUGGGCAUGCUGAGGAAGCUCCAUUGUACCAGGAACUACAUUCACAUGAAUUUAUUCGUCUCAUUCAUCCUGAGAGCUGUUGCAGUCAUUUCUAAGGAAAUUGUAUUAUACAUCAUGUAUUCCAACCUACCCAAGGAUGACCCUGGUUGGAACUCAUAUUCAAGUUCUCCGAUUGUUCUGAUGUGCAGAUUUUCAAAAGUAGCCAUGGAGUAUUUUGUGACCUGUAAUUAUUUCUGGCUUUUGGUGGAAGCUAUAUUUCUUCACGCACUCCUCUUCUCUGCUGUAUUGACCAAGCGACACCUACUGAAGAAUUACAUGCUGUUAGGAUGGGGAAUGCCUGUCUUUUUUGUGACACCAUGGACCAUUGUUAAAAUUUUAUAUGAAAACACAGAGUGCUGGUCAAUUGUCAACAGAUGGUUCUGGUGGAUAAUAAAGGGUCCAAUAACGUUGGCGCUGAUGAUCAUUUUUUUCAUAUUCAUCAAGAUUCUACUGCUGCUGCUGUCCAAGCUCAAAGCGGAUCAAGUGAAAUUCACUGACUACAGAUACAGUUUAGCCAAGGCAACACUGGUGCUGAUUCCCCUGCUGGGGAUCCAUGAAGUGGUCUUCACAUUGCUCGUCGAUGAAUGUAUGGAGGAAAGCAGUCGCUACGCUCGGGACUUUAUUAAUCUCACAAUCAGCUCUUUUCAGGGGUUCUUGGUUGGAGUCUUGUAUUGCUUCGCUAAUGGAGAGGUUAAAGCUGAACUGAAGAAGCGCUGGCAAAUUUUUCUGUUCAACCACAACUUUCAAUUCAGGAGCUGUUUCCAGGGUGCACCGCUCAAGCAACUGUGGAAGUGCACAAGAAAGCACCAUCCACAUUGCCAGAAAAGAAACUCCUGUGAUGAGGGACCCACUUCUACAUUGACUGUACACCCACACCUGCUGCAGGUGACUCACCAUGGAGGCGGUAGAGUCAAUGGACAAAGGGUGUAUAACGGUCAGGACCUAAAAGGAUGUGACGCAGCAAGUCUGGACUUUCUGACCAGGAAGAGUCUGUCUAGUAGCGAUGGAGAAAUGACGCUUGGAGAGACCAUGGAGGAGAUUUUGGAGGAGAGCGAGUUUUGA